AAAAUGUCGUGGCUCCGCUAUCUCGACGCCCACAUUGUCCAUGACAUUGCCCGUGUCCAUCCCAACUCAAUAAGCCCAAAAUGCCCAAGGCUACGACUCCUACCUCGGCGCGACCAGCCCGACGCCAUAAUCCCCUCGAGGAUGACAUCGUGGCUACCGGUGUCCUCCGGGACAAGCCUUCGAAGAAGCGAGCAAAGUCCACCAACAAUGAGGACGAAAACUUCGUCGACUCCCGCGCGUCCAGGAACAUUCUCCGGAUAGGUCGCGAGUUGGCCGAGGAAGACAAUGCCGAGCGCGCUGUCCCCAAGCCAACCAUUGACAACUUCGGCUACGACUCGCGAUUCGACGACGAGGUGGACGAGGAGAACAAGACCUACGAAGAUGACGAGGCAUGGGGCGAUGACGACGAGGUUGUCGAGGAGAUCGAGGUUGAUCCCAACGAUCUAGAGAUGUACAGGAAAUUUCUACCUGACGAGGAAGACGACCUGCUGAAGCACGGUUGGGAUCUCAAGCCUUCAGGCGAGGAGGAGGGAGAGUCAAUCAACCUUGCCGAUUUGAUUCUGGAGAAGAUUGCCGCCCAUGAAGCUUCCCAGGCCCGACGGGGAGACCACCAAAUGGCCGCCCCUGACGAUGACUACGAGCUCCCUCCCAAGGUCAUCGAGGUCUACACAAAGGUCGGACAAAUCCUCUCUCGAUACAAGUCGGGUCCUCUACCCAAACCCUUCAAGAUCCUCCCCACCAUUCCCCACUGGGAGGAUAUUCUCGAAAUCACCAAGCCGGAGAGCUGGUCGACCAAUGCCUGCUACCAGGCGACCAGGAUUUUCGUCUCCAGCAAGCCGCACGUGGUACAGCGGUUCCUCGAGAUGGUCAUUCUCGACCGAGUCCGCGAGGACAUUUAUGAGACCAAGAAGCUCAACGUCCAUCUCUUCAACUCCCUCAAGAAGGGUCUCUACAAACCUGCUGCCUUCUUCAAGGGCUUCCUGUUCCCGCUUGUUGGCAGCGGAACGUGCACUCUCCGCGAAGCUCACAUUAUCUCGGCUGUUCUUGCGAGGGUGUCUGUCCCCGUCCUGCACUCUGCUGCGGCCCUCAAGGGUCUCUGCGACAUUGCUGCUCAGGAGGCUUCCCAAGGCACUGAGGGUGGUGGCGCGACCAACAUCUUUAUCAAGACACUCCUGGAAAAAAAGUACGCGCUCCCGUACCAGGUUAUCGACGCCCUUGUCUUCCACUUCAUGCGAUUUCGUAACGAGGACCCAGCCUCUGUUCAGCAUGGCGAUGCGAUGGCGGGUGUGACUGGUGAGGGAGAUGCCAAGACUAAGCUUCCAGUCAUUUGGCACCAGAGCCUCUUGGCCUUUGCCCAGCGUUACAAGGGCGACAUUACGGAGGACCAGCGUGAGUCGCUGAUGGAUCUCCUCCUAACUCAUGGCCACGCGGCCAUCGGACCCGAGGUGAGGAGGGAGCUUCUAGCUGGAAGAGGCCGCGGUGUGCCGAUGGAGUCUCAAGGACCUGCCCUGGACGGCGACGACACGAUGCUCAUUGACUAGUGAGACCUGGGGUCUCUUGGAUGAAUUCAAUUUCUUAAUGAAUGCACAGACGGCGUUUGGCGCACUAGGCUGAUGGUUUGAGACCGGUUCGACUUGAGUUGAUAUAGAUUGACUCCGUUGGAGACGGGGCAGACCCAAAUUCGAUACCAAAAUUUAUAAAGUUGCUUCCUGGGAAGCCUCAAGCUCAAAAGGCAUCAUCUGCACCUGCCAGUAUGUGUUAAUCAACAGUUCGC